CUUCGACAAAAGCAAGUUAGCAACCAUGUUGGCGCACGACGAAGUGGUGGACUACUUCUCGCUUCACAAGCGCAAGUCGAAGGAGGUUGAUGUCGACAUGCUGGACUACGAAUACGUGGCUUCCUGCUCGGACAUUGACCUCCUGAAGAACAUCUUGGUUGUGUUGAAAUCUGGCAAGGAAGGGCGGUACCCGCAACUUGAAGCCGCUGUUGAAGAGCGGCUCAUGGAGGUCUUGCCCCCAUCCGAGAAACAACGGAUUCUUCGCAUGAAAGCCCGCCCGUCGGAGGCGGAUAUUCACAACGAGACAGCGUCUCUAACGACGUGGGAAGCUCAGAUGGCCGCCAAGAGCGCUGAGUUGGACGCUGCGCGGAAAAUGUCCCAUCGAUCCGUGCCGCCACCUCGAGGUAGCGAAAUUUCUGGGGGACCUGCGACUGCAGUUCGCCUCUCAACCAAGCAAGCUGCUACGCCAGUGCCCAAGAGAGAGAAGAAAGCGAUCCAUGCUUACGAUUGGCGUGCGUGGGAGAAAUUUGAUGUUGAAGCGGCAGAGCGUGAGCUCGACAUGGAGGACGUACGCCGCAAAGAGAUGGCGAGGCAACAGCAGGAAGAACUGGCGGCACGACAGGCUCGGAAACGGCUGGAUGAUGCCGCUAUGCCGGCUUCUGUGGACGUGGAUGCUAUGUCGUCUGCAGAGAGGGACGUGUGCGCCGCGUUGGAGAAGCAAAAAGGCAACGAAGCAUUCCGAAGCGGGGACAACGAUGAUGCUGUGCGUGCCUACUCCCGCAGUCUCGCGUUCGAUCCUUCGAGCGCUGUGGUGUUUGCCAACCGGGCACUCGUCCACCUCAAGCUGAAAAACUUGAGCUCGGCCGAGGACGAUUGCACGAUGGCCCUUCGUCGCGAUCCGCGCUACUUCAAAGCAUGGUCCCGUCGAGGCAUGACGCGUUUCCGACGCGGCAAGUACGAAGACGCGAUCUCGGAUUUUGAAGUGGCACUGCAGUUGGAGCCUCAGAAUCGAGAAAUCCAAAAGCUCCUACAAAAGACAAAGGAAAAGUGGGCGGAAGUCGACGGGACGAAAGCCGACAGCACAGCGACGACACCGGCCCCUGUCGCGACGUCGCAGCCCGCUGCGCCAUUUCAACGCUUCGAAAUCAUCGAGUCCGACGACGAUGAUGAUAAAGACGACACAACCCCCACCCUCGAGAAGAAGCAGCCAAGGAACCUCGAUGAGCGAAAUGGAAAGCCUCCUGCACAACCUGCGGAGGACCAGCCAUUCCAGCGCUUCGAAAUCAUCGAAGACGAUGACGAGUAGCGAUGAUGAUGCUGGGCUCAUCGACGAAGGGCGUACAGGAGUGGUUUAUACCUUUGUUAAUUGAUCGAAUGCCCCACUGAUGCAAUGCACUCGUUGCACAGGUGAGCCUAAACUUGAAAAGGGGCUAGCCACCACCACCAAAAGGAC